GCUGUGGGGCUGAGGCUCGGGGAAGCCUUGGGAGCCAAGUGAGGAAGGCUUUGCUGGGGCGGCAUCGGUUAGUGACUGCAGCCUUUGCUGGGGCGGCAUCGGAUGGUGACUGCAUUGCAGGUUUUCUUGUUUGUGCUGCUGUCCAGGCUGGAUGGUCGUGGGCAAGGGGAGGAACAUGGGCGCUGUCAUGAAGCAGUCUGCUGCUUCUGCCACCUCUGUAAUGACAAUAUUGGCAUUAACCUGACAGAUCCUAUGUUUAGAGGAGUCUACAGGGGAACACAAAAACAUCAAGAUGACCUUUUGGAUGUGAUAGAGCGAGCAGUCAAAGUUGGUGUUAAAAAGUUUCUGAUUACAGGCGGAAGUCUACAAGAUAGUAAAGAUGCAUUGCAGCUCGCGCAAACAAAUGACAUGUUUUACAGUACAGUUGGCUGUCAUCCUACCCGCUGUGGAGAAUUUGAGCAGACUAGCCCUGAGCAGUAUUUAUCUGAAUUAAAGAAUCUGAUUGAAAAAAAUAAGACAAAGGUAAUAGCAGUUGGAGAAUGUGGCUUAGAUUUUGAUAGAUUAGAAUUUUGCCCAAAGGACAUCCAACUCAAGUAUUUUGAAAAACAGUUUGACCUGUCAGAACAGACACGACUGCCCAUGUUUCUCCACUGUAGAAACUCACAUGCUGAAUUUUUAGACAUAAUGAGGAGAAACCGAGACAGAUUUGUAGGAGGGGUGGUACAUUCCUUCGAUGGCACGAAGGAAGAAGCAGCAGCUAUAAUAGAUUUGGAUCUUUAUAUUGGAAUAAAUGGCUGUUCACUGAAAACGGAAGCCAGCUUGGAAACGCUGAAAUCAAUUCCUAGUGAACGAUUAAUGAUAGAGACAGAUGCACCUUGGUGUGGAGUGAAAAACACUCAUGCUGGAUCAAAAUACAUUAAAACUACAUUUCCUACAAAAAAGAAAUGGGAGACAGGACACUGCUUGAAGGACAGGAAUGAACCCUGCCAUAUAAUUCAAAUACUGGAAAUAAUGGCGGCAGUAAGAGAAGAUGACCCACUUGAGUUGGCCAAUACUCUAUAUAACAACACUAUUAAAGUCUUCUUUCCAAAUAUAUAAAGUUGUUCUUCUGACAUUUAUUCAGUGCAAUUUUAGUGAAUAUAUUGAAAAAACUUCAUCAUAUAUGCAAAUUUCUUAUCAAUGGAAGCCAAUGUGUAGUCUGUUUUGGGUUUUUUUAUGGUACAAGAUUAAAGCUGCUUGUGAAAAGA